AGCUUCAGUGUUUUUUCCCCGUGACGACUGGGAUGGUGGCUGGGGCUGCAGGCAGUGGGUGAGGGACUCUUGUUGUUGCAGAUGCGGGUGACCUUCGAGGAGGUGGCUGUGUAUUUCACCCCGGGGCAGGGGGCGCUGCUGGGCCCCGCUCAGAGAGCCCUCUACAGGGACGUCAUGCAGGAGAACUACGAGGCGGUGACCUCGCUGGGGUUUCCCGUUCCCAAACCUGAGCUGAUCGCCCGGCUGGAACAAGGGGAUGAGCCCUGGGUGCUUGACAUGCAGGCCGGAGGGGAGAGAGAGAUGCUGAGACACACCUGCAGAGCAGGUGAUGAGACCGAGACUGAGAAUGAAGAGGGGAAUCAACAGCAGGAAGUUCCUGGGGAAAUGGAACCGCAGGCGACCUUUGUGGGAAAAACUGAAAGGAAUGUUUCCCAGUGCUUGGAACAGGGAGAAGCCUGGGGAAACUGGCCAAGGCUGAAGAGGCUGCUGGGAAACCUCCCAUGUGAACAAAGGGAUGAAUCUAUUAAAAGUGGGGAAGGACACAAGCAUCCCGCAGCCCAGCAGAGAAACCCCAAAGAAGAGAAAUAUGAUGAAUGGCUCAGUUAUGGGAAUGGACUUAUUCUGAGCCCAAAUCUUAUUACCAUUCGUACAGUAGGUACUGGAGCGAAACCCCUUAAAUGCUUGGACCAUGGGGAAAGCAUCAAUAACAAAUCAGAUCUUAAUGCUAAUGAGAAAAGCCAAAGUGGGGAGAGAGGCUCUCGGUGCCUUGAGGGUGGAAAGUCUUUGAAUCAGAAAUCUACCCUGGUUGGGCAGGAGACAAGUCACACAGGGAGACCCCAUAAGUGCUUAGAAUGUGGUAAAAGUUUCAGAGAGAAGUCAGCUCUGAUUAAACACCAGGCGAUGCACACAGGAGACAGGCCCCAUAAGUGUUUAGAUUGUGGGAAAAGUUUCAUAUGGAGGUCCUCCCUUGUUUUACAUCAGAAAAUCCACACAGGGGAGAGACCCCACAAGUGCUCAGAAUGUGGUAAAAGCUUCAUACAGAGAUCAGACCUCAUGAAUCAUCAAGCAACCCACAGGCAAGACAGACCCCACGCGUGUUUAGACUGUGGAAAAAGUUUCAAAUGGAGGUCAGCCCUUCUUUCACAUAAAAAAAUACACACUGGAGAGAGACCCCACAAGUGCUCAGAAUGUGGUAAAAGCUUCAUACAGAGAUCAGACCUCAUGAAUCAUCAAGCAACCCACAGGCAAGACAGACCCCACGCGUGUUUAGACUGUGGAAAAAGUUUCAAAUGGAGGUCAGCCCUUCUUUCACAUAAAAAAAUACACACUGGAGAGAGACCCCACAAGUGCUCAGAAUGUGGUAAAAGCUUCAUACAGAGAUCAGACCUCAUGAAUCAUCAAGCAACCCACAGGCAAGACAGACCCCACGCGUGUUUAGACUGUGGAAAAAGUUUCAUACAGAGGUCAGACCUCAUUAAACAUCAGGCGAUUCAUACAGGAGACAGACCCCAUAAAUGCUUAGACUGUGGAAAAAGUUUCAUACAGAGGUCAGACCUCAUUAAACAUCAGAGAAGACACUUAGGAUACAGCCCUCAUAAGUGCUUAUACUGUGGGAAAGCUUUUGAACGGAGAUUGAACCUUGUUUUUCAUCAUGCAGUCCACACAGGAGAGAGACCCCAUAAAUGUUUAGACUGUGGAGAAAGUUUUAUACAAAGGUCAGACCUCAAUAAACAUCAGGAGAGACACUCAGGAGACAGACCCCAUAAAUGCUUAGACUGUGGAAAAAGUUUCAUACAGAGGUCAGACCUCAUUAAACAUCAGAGAAGACACUUAGGAUACAGCCCUCAUAAGUGCUUAUACUGUGGGAAAGCUUUUGAACGGAGAUUGAACCUUGUUUUUCAUCAUGCAGUCCACACAGGAGAGAGACCCCAUAAGUGCUUAGACUGUGGGAAAAGCUUCAUACAUAAAUCAGACCUCAGUAAACAUCAGGCAAUCCACACAGGAGAGAGACCCCAUAAGUGUUUGGUGUGUGGAAAAUGUUUUAUAUGGAGAUCAGCCCUUGUUUCUCAUCAGAAAAUCCACAGGGCAGAGAGACCCCAUAAAUGCUUAGAAUGUGGUAAAAGAUUUAUACGGAAGUCAGCCCUUGUUUCACAUCAAAAAAUCCACACAGGAGAAAGCCCCCAUAAGUGUGUAGACUGUGGGAAAAGUUUCAUACAGAGGUCAAACCUUAUUAAACAUCAGGCAAUUCACACAGGAGAUAGACCCUAUAAGUGUUUAGAAUGUGGAAAAAGUUUCAUUGUCAGGUAUAACCUUGUUAAGCAUCAAGCAAUCCACACAGGAGAGCGACCGCACAAGUGCAUAGACUGUGGGAAAAGUUUCAUACGGAGGUACGAUCUUUUUAAGCACCAGGGUAUCCACGCAGGAAAGAGACUACAUAAGACUUUAAACUGUGGAAAAUGUUCCAUAUGAAGGUCAGUCGUCAUUUCAUAUCAGACAAUGGAUACAGGAGAAAGAUCCUAUAAGUGCUAAGACUGUAGUGAAAGUUGUAUACAAUAUAUAAAACUUGAUUAAGCAUCAGGAAAUCCACAGAUGAGAAACCAUAAGUGUUAAACUGAAAAAAAUUCAUAUGGAGGCCUGACCUUGAUAAAAAAAACAGCUAAUCGAUAA